GUCAAAACUACCCAGCCCCAUGUCCUGAGCUGGUUUGUUGGCCAGCGGUUCUGCAGCAAGUCUUCUUUUGGGCCAGCAACCUGCGUUUAUGCGGGGUCCGACUGGCCGCCUUUGUUCAACAGGUUGUUAUUUUUUCCGAUGCCUAUUUGGGGGCGGGUGCGACAAACCCUUGCAGUGCACUGUGCACAAUUUUUUCGUUUGUGGCGAUGCAAAUUUUGGCUCAGGGGUUCGGUCCGUUGUCAGCGUGGAUUCAUGACCAACCGUCCUCCGGCGCCUGGAACUUAUGAUCCGAGAGAUUGGAAAUGUCCGAAUUGCAAGACAUUGAACUUCAAGAAACGCAAGAACUGCUUAUCGUGUGCAAAUGAGCGGCCUCCACAAACUCGCGAGCAAGUAAUGCCUGACUGGCGAACUGGCAAGAAGGAUUGCGGCAUCAAUGUUAAUGCUGACUGGACUUGCCGCCCCUGUGGCAGAUUCAAUCUUGCUUGUGACAGAUUUUGCUUGGCUUGUAAGAAAGAAAAUCCGAGCUGGGUUGAAAUCGUUACAACAGCUGAAGGAAGGUCUGGCCGCCUUGGUGGUCACUUUGACAGACCAGAUCCGGAUGAACCGAAGAAAGAAUGGAACUCAGAUGAUGAGGAGGUGGACGAGUUUGGCCGGAAAAAACGUAGAGGAGCACUCAAAAGCAGUGACAAGCAGAAAGCGGCGCUCGAGAGAUUGCGGAGGAGGACUGGCCGAGCUACAUCAAGAAGUCGCUCCAGAUAAUGACUCCAGCCAGUUUCAGCCUCGUUGUUCUGUAGGUUGGUGCGGAGGCUGAAAUGCUCAGGGAAAAAUGUUUUUUGACCCAUGGCUUAAGAACUCUGAGUUCAAGCAGGCUUGGAUUGAUGCACCGUGCUUGUUGUGCAUUGUGCUGUGAUUUUGAUUUACAUAUGGCUCAAAUCGGCAAUUCCGGAGAAGCAG